AUGGGUGCUGCCUUCGUGGCGACCAAUUGCAAUCAUCAAUACGACGGAGAGACCAUCUCAUGGGAGCCUUGCGGCGAUGUCAGUGGAAAACCGGUCGAGUGCUCUAACAUCACCGUACCGAUGGACCAGUUCGACGCCGAGAACUCUGGCGAUAAGACUUUCUUCAUCCCUCUGAUUCGGCUGAGGGGCGGUGAAAACGCUACAGAAAACCUCCUGCUCAAUCCGGGCGGACCUGGCGGUAGCGGGAUUGAAUUCAUCUUCAGGAGGGGCAAGCAGCUGUCCGACAUCGUGGGCGAUGGAUUUCACCUCUUGUCGUUCGAUCCGCGCGGAAUCAAUACAUCCACGCCGAUGGCUUCUUGUUUCCCUACCAAGGAAGCCCGUCAAAACCAGGGCGAUGUCAGAGAUGACGAACUUGUUCACGACAGCCCUGAAGUCUUUGCGUGGGCACACAACUACGUGCAAGCUUGUGCGGAUACGAUGGACGAGCACGGUGCUUACAUCAACACCCCCCAGACAGCUGCCGAUAUGAACAGCAUUCUUGACGCUGUUGGCCAGGAGGAUAUGGUCUAUUGGGGGUUCAGUUACGGAACUAUCCUUGGCCAGACUUAUGCCAGUCUUUUCCCCGAUCGAUCAAAGCGAGUUAUCAUCGAUGGAGUAGCCAACAACUUCGUCUGGUAUGGCGACUUCCUGGACACCGAGCAAUUUACCGAUACCGAAAAUGUGCUCGAAGGCUUCUUCGACGAGUGUAUCAAGGCUGGCAAGAAUUGCAGUCUGUCUUCCCUCGCAGACACGCCAAAGGAGCUACACAAGCUCGUCUUCGACUAUGCAGCAAACCUUAAGGAGCAGCCACUCAGCGUGUAUGUCAACAGCACACUUUAUGGUCUAUUCGACUUUCCCAGCCUGUUCUACAACGGAAUCUUCCCAUCGCUGUACAAGCCAGCGUCUUGGUACUCCCUGGCCGACAACCUCGCCAAGCUGCUAAAAGGCAAUGCUACGGAUGCAUGGCUCGCCUACAGUGGCCAAGGGUGGGGACUGGAAGGCGAAGGGAACACUUUCGUAACCGCGAACGAUGGCAUGUCUGGCCCAGAAUACUGGCCUCAAUCGCGACGAGCCCUUCUCGACGACAUUGUGGCCAAGUUCAACGGAAGCCUCUUUGGCCCUACGGAGAAUGCUGACGCCUACGUGCGACAGCAGUGGAAGGUCCCUAGGACUCACAACUUUACCCAAGAAGAAGGCGUCGAGACAGACCAUCCAUUGUUGAUCUUAUCCACAACAUACGAUCCCAUCUGCCCGCUCGUCUCCGCCAAAUCCGCCAACCGCGCAUUCGCUGGCUCAAAGAUCGUCGAAGUUCAAGGCUACGGCCACUGCUCAGUAGCCGUCUCGUCGACAUGUCUUGCCAAGAGAGUCAGAGACUUUCUGUACAAUGGCACACUCCCGGACGACUAUACGAAGUGUGAGGUGGACGGACCUUAUUUCAUCAAGCCGGAAGAGGACGGAAAGGUUGUUGCGCAAAAGGCAUUCGACAACGCUGAGGACGAGAAGAUCCACAUUGCGCAGCUUGAGCUCGCGAAGGAUUGGGAUUGGAGGACUCCACGUCCGAUGUUGAUGUAA